AUGAGUGAACUUGAACAAGUACUCGAUCAAGAAAUUGAUGCCCAAGAGUUGGAAGAAGAAGAAGAACUUUUCUAUACUGAAAUAGACGAGUUACAAAACCAUGGAAUUAACUCUUCCGAUAUUGUUAAACUAAAGAGCGCUGGUAUUUGUACUGUGCGGGCUAUUCAUAUGACAACCCGCAGAAAUCUCUGCAAGAUUAAAGGUCUUUCCGAAGCAAAGGUUGAUAAACUCAAAGAGACGGCCUGUAAACUUCAGUCUGCUUCAUUCAUGACUGGUACAGAAUUUUCGCAAAUAAGAUCGAAAGUAAUGCAUAUUUCAACGGGUAGCAAAACGUUGGAUUCACUUUUAGGGGGUGGAAUUCCUACAAUGUCCAUCACUGAAGCCUUUGGCGAAUUUAGAACGGGUAAGACGCAAAUCGCACAUACUCUGUGUGUUGUGGCACAACUUCCACCAAGCAUGGGAGGAACAAAUGGCAAGGCUGCGUUCAUUGAUACAGAAGGAACCUUUCGUCCAGAACGUAUUAAAGCAAUAGCUGCUCGUUUCGGAAUUGAUCAAGAGGCGGCACUUGAGAAUAUUCUUUUCGCUCGUGCUUUCACGUCAGAACAUCAAAUGGAAUUGAUUAUCGAGUUGACUGCUCGAUUUGCAGAAGAAAAAGGAGUUUACAGAUUAUUGGUACGCAAUGAAACUUGUAAAAAAAGUUUAUAUUAAAACGUUAUGAUGGUUAAUAUAUAUUUCUUCUUUUGAUCAGAUAAUUGAUUCUAUUAUAGCACUUUUCCGAACCGAUUAUGCUGGUCGUGGUGAGCUCGCUGAACGACAACAAAAGUUGAAUAUUAUGCUCAAUAGAUU